AUGGACGCGAAUAGCCAGUUCCUAAGAAUUAUCCAGGAAAUGCGGGCAGAGAUCAGCAAGCUGAAGAAAGAGAAUCAAUUCCUCCGGAUGACGCUGACUUCAAGCAGUCUGAGAAUCUCAGGCGGCCCAUGCAGAGAAUCGGGAGAUCAAAGGGAAGAGGAAGUCACAGACCCCGGCAACCUCGGGAAAACAUCUGAAAAGUCUCCAGCAACCCUCUACAGUGGUGUUUCCACCGAUGCGGCACCAGCUGGGCGCGAACAUCAAGGCAACGUCAUGAUUGUGAGACGCUAUUCCAUUUCUUCACCAGUUCAUUCAUUUGCUGCACGUGACCUCUGGAAAGCUGGGGAAAGACACCCAAAGAGUGGAAUUCUAGACGCUCGGGGAAGAGUUAAGCCCCUGGCGUGUUCUUCAAUAAAGAAGGAGGACAAGGAAGAAGAGAUGUUGGCAGCUGAUUCUUUGACCAACAGUAGUUCCAACGGAAGAGCUUUUCCUGAGCAUGGAUUUGGUAAUGUAACCAGGGACAAGAUGAAGACAGUCAGUUUCCUGUUACCUGUGGAUGUGUCUUCAUAUUCCAAAAAUUCAAGUUCUUUGAAAUGCUCACAAAACCAGACCACCAACCAACUAAGUACCAUCGCAGAAUAGGAUUGUGAGGUGGUGAAAUUUAAGAAACAGCUGCUUCCCAAGAGACGGGAACACUGAGGCCUCGUUGGGUCAGUAUUCUCCCCUACAAAGAGCUCUGGCAAGAUGCCCGGUAACACACACAAAAUGCUUGGCAUCAGGUCAAUGGCCUUGUCAAUGGACUUGGCCAAGAAAUGGAAGCGAUUACCUGAUGUCGUUGUUGAAUACUAAUGUUGAUGGC